CGCAGUCAGAUCGCUUCCACACUGAGCCGGAGAGAAUCACUGCAAAAAACUUUAUUGUUGCUCCAUCUGAGACAAACAUGAAGUCUGCGAUCCAGGGCGUCGUUCUUCUGGCCUGCAUUACUAUCUGCACCUCACAGAGUGUUGUUCGCUGCCGUUGCAUCAAAUCAAUGUCAGUAGUGAGGCUGUCUCUCGUCAUGGAUGUACGUGUGUAUGAACCCCAUCCUGCCUGCCACAAGCGCGAAGUGAUAGCCGUCAUGAAAGAUAAGAGUGAGCGCUGUCUUGACCCGGAGUCAAGUUUCACCAAAAGACUCUUGCAAGUUAUGGCAAUUCAUGUGGAAAAGAACCCACUGCCAACUCUACCAGGAUUGCCCAAUUCCUCUCUUCUGCCAUAAAUGAUGUAAUAUCAUAGAACUGGCCUAAGGUAGUUGGCGGGCUUAUUCAUGUUCAUUUAGUAUAAUCCAAUGAACAGACAAUAUGUUUGAACCAUUCUUCUUUAUGCACUGCUAAAUUUCAUGCAUCUGUCACAUUUUGCUGCCAUUCUUUUACUUUUAAGACUGAAAUCAUAUUACAGAAAGUUAUCCUGUAUCCACUGUGUUGUAAUUAAAUGCUUCAAUUGCAUUAAAAAACAUGUCAUCUU